CUGGGUGCCCCGGAGGCUGCUCGGUGCCCGCCGGGUGCCCGCUCGGUGGCCGCUCGGUGGCCGCUCGGUGCCCGCCCGGUGCCCGAGGCGGUGCCGGUGGCCGGGACAUGGCGUCGCGGCGGGGGAGUCGGUCCCGGAGCUGGACUCCCGCUGGCAAGAAGCAAAAGACUUUUGAACGGCCCUGUUCAACAAUUGCAGAAGAGCCUGAGCCCGAGCCUGUUCCAUAUGCUCUGCAAGGAGAGGACAUCCAGGCAUUUGAAAUAAGGGUGGAGGACCUGGAGAAAUUCCAUGCUCCACGCCUUCCCCGUGAUGCUGGGAGAAUUCCAGUUAGGAAGAGCAACCUCAUCCGAAAAUACCAACCCAAGGAGGUGGCACAUCUUGUAGCACAUUCUGUUCCCCCCGAGGCACCCAGGGAACCACUGGCUUUUUCUGGACCAAGACAGUUUGAUGAUGACUGUGAAGAAAUCCUCCCUCAUCACAUUUUGGGAAGUCUCCAGGAGCUAAAGAUUGAAGCCUUGGCCAGAGAAAACACUCAGCUAGCAGAUGCUAUUAAGGUUCCUUGUCCAGAUGUUACUGCAGCAGCUUUAAAAGAGGAGCAUGGAGGAGAGAAGAAAGAAAAGGCACAUCAGGCCCAACUAGCAGAGCACAAAGCUUUCCAGAACUGGAGCCAUCAUAUGGCAAUGAGGAAAAAGCAGGAGAAGCACCUAGGAGGAAUUCUUCACAAGCCAGAGAAUGAAUUGCUGAUGAAUGUGUCAGACAAUUACAGGCAAAUCCAGGAAGAACGUGACCUCAUUGACCGGAGUCUCCCUGCCCUAUUUCCUGGAAAGGGAUACCGAGUGGGAAGCGAGUUCUGGAGCCUUCCUGAGCAAAUUGGGGAUGAACUCACCGGGCUGACUCUGACCCUGACCCGGACAGAAUGUGGGCACCCAGAGCCACUCACUCAUGUGGGGAAACCCCGCACUGUCCAGAGGGAAACAGGUCUGAAGCCUCCAAAGAAGAUUCCUUGCCACCUGAACUGGGAUAAGAGUCUGUUCCUGAAACAUUGGCGGCAGGAGCUAAAAUCUAUCCUAGAGGAGCUGGGCUUCUGUAAGCCGGAUCUGGAAGGACUGGAGGUGAUUGGCAAAGGGCAGCCUUUCACAUCUGUCUCAGCUGAGGCUUUUCGACAUACCACCCAUUCUGAAGAGAUUGAGAACCUUGACCCCUUAGGUGACUCCUUCAUUGUGGUUCCAGAAGCUGAAAGGGUUCCAUCUUUAGUUUUCUGUGGCGAGCCUGCUCGUUGGAUCAAGGGCAUCACUACUUGCAGGAAGGAAAUUGGCAUUGCUGCCCGGCUCACCUUUGAGACUCUGACCAGUGAGAAGGCUGAAAGCUUCCUGACAGUGACCAAUGAUGGCAAAGCUGCCAUUUGGUACAACUGGAUGAGGCUUCCCCAGCAGAUCCCCUCCAAGGGGAGGAGGAUACCCUGUUUUUACUUUGAUACCAGACCAGGUGUAAUCUUGCCUGGAGAAACUCGAAGUUUUUCCUUUACUUUCAAGUCAGAGAGACCAGGCAUUUUCAGUGAGCCCUGGGAAUUUAGGACACAUCCUCUGUUAUUAGGAGGAGCUCUGCUUCAGGUGACCCUUUGGGGAAUUGCAGUGUAUGAGGAUAAAUUGGCUGACUUCAGAGAGAAAGUGGAGAGUGAGCUGGCUGCUCGAGAACGUGCUGCUAUAGUGAAAGACAGCCUGAAUGAACUUCUUCACCGAAUUCGGACCCCCGAGCGCACCCCAUCUCCUGUGGAUGCCUGUGUCACAGAGGAAGAGCUGUUCCACAAGAAAAAUCCCAAGUUGCAUUAUCAGCAUCAAGUGGUAAAGCAGCUGCAUGAACUAUGGAGACAGCACCUCACUGUGCCUUCAGUCUUGGAGGAGGACGUGCCCUUGGACCAGAGGAGCACUGCAGGGGAUACAGAGUACCUGGAGAGCACUCCCUCUGCCCAGAGCAGCACCACGGAGCUCCCAGGUGGGAAGUACACAUUAGAGGAGGCUUCAAGGGAAAAGAGCAUUGAGGAGGAAGAAGCAGGUUCUUCAGGAUGGAAUCUUUCCCUCGAGGACUUCAAACAGGCUAUAAUGUCAAUCCCUGGGGAGGAGCAGCGGGAAGAAGCACUGGCCCAGCUCAAUAAGGCAGCUCUGCAGCUGUGUGUUGAACAGAAACCAACUCAGUCAGACCUUCUGUAUCCACUCUGCCUCCAGCUGUGGCGUGGAGCAGUUGAUGACCUGGUGAGUCACUCUCUGAGGCUGAGAUCCCUGCUUGGUUUGAUUAAGAAGGACACCUAUGUAGAAGCUGUUCCAGAGGAAACAGAGGAAGUAGAGCAAGGAGGAGCAAAAAAAGGAGGAAAGGAAGACAAAACAGCCACUAAAAGAGAAGAGAAAAAGGAAAAAGAAGGCAAAAAAAGUAGAGGGUCAUCAGGGAAAUCGGAUCAUUCGAGCAGCAGAAAGCUGAAAACAAAAGAUGAGAAGCGAGUAUCUUCCAUUUCAGUGCAGGACAUAAAAGGGGGAGAAAAGUCUGUCAAAGGAAGAGAUGAGAAGCAGAAGGUGGGAGAGGGAGCUGCACCUAGAGAUGAGGCAGAACCUGCUCAGGAGCAGGUGGACUCUAUUUCACUUCAAAAAUACCAGGAAAAGCUCUACAUUGAAGUGAGUCUGACCAAAGCUUGUGUCAUUGUCUUGGUUUUGUUGUUUUCUUGUAAAGCACACUGAGGCUCAGGGAGAGAGGUAAGCAUUUUGUUAAACUCAGAAAACUGGCAGACACAUGUCCCUUGUGCUGCAGCAAGGUAAGUGUGAAAUCCAAAUUAAUUUGUUUCAGCCUGGAAUCUGUUAGCAGAAAUCCAGCCAUCACAUAGCCACAUGCGGGACUUGUAUCUGGGAUGUCUUUAGCAUUGCUUGCAGACUCUGGAGGGAUCAGCUGAAUUAAUUGUGCCUCAGAUAAUGUUAAACACACUUCAUAGCCAGGGAAGUUAUUACUAGAGCUCUGUUAGCAGCAGGCUGCCACUUCUGUGUGGUUGUGUGUGUGCCCAUAUGAAAAUGUACCUCAGAAACCAUCUCUGUCAGUCUCAGCCCCAGGACUUCUUCAUGUGUUUUCACUCAACUGUUUUCUCUGAAUUUCUGCAGGUUUACAGGCUUCUGGAUUCAAUGGUGAGUGAAAUGGUAUCUUUAUUUGAGGAUCUAAAGCAGUAACAUGCUCUGAAGUGGGAGAGUGAAGCCCUUUGUAUGUAGAAAUAGACUUCCUUUAAAAAAAAUAAAUAACCAUGUUUACACA